GAAGGUCUCUCGCUUGAUGAAGGGAGCGCAGAUUAUAUGACCGGAUCUGCUUCAAUGAAAGGCGUCAGGACCCGCUUUUGUUGAGAAAGAAAUCAAGUGCAACAGCAAAAAAAAAAAUCAAACCCUUUGAGGAUAUCUAUCGCUAUUUCCGCACAAGCCACCGCAGCCAUGAGCGCAGGAGAGGGACUGGAUGAGGCUGCGAAGGACGCGGCAGACAUAGCGGCGUUUUUCAAAUCCGAUUGCUCUCUUCCAAAAUGUGAAUCCAAACUGGAUGGCCCUGGUCAAACCUCAGGGUUUCAUCGGAAUGAGGACAUGAAAGCCAUCGACGUGCUUCCCAUCCUCAAGGAGAAGGUCGCCUUCCUCUCAGGUGGCAGAGACAGACGUGGAGGUCCCGUCCUCACCUUCCCAGCACGGAGCAACCACGACAGAAUACGACCCGAAGACCUGCGCAGGCUUAUAGCAUACCUGGCUACUAUUCCCAGCGAGGAGGUGGCUAGACAUGGCUUCACAGUCAUCGUGGACAUGCGCGGUUCGAAGUGGGACAGCAUUAAACCUCUGCUGAAGAUCCUUCAGGAAUCUUUUCCCUCUUGCAUCCACGUUGCACUCAUCAUCAAGCCAGACAACUUCUGGCAGAAGCAGAGGACCAACUUCGGCAGCUCCAAGUUUGAAUUUGAGACGGUGAUGGUCUCCUUAGAGGGUUUAACCAAGAUUGUGGACCCGUCCCAGCUGACAGCUGACUUCGAGGGCAGCUUAGAGUACAACCAUGAUGACUGGAUUGAGGUGCGGCUCUCGUUUGAGACCUUUGCCAGCGACGCAGCGCGAUCUCUGGCACGCCUCGAGGAGCUCCAGGAAACCUUGUCCCAGCGUGAUCUUCCACGAGACCUGGAGGGGGCUCGCCGGUUAAUGGAAGAACAUGCAGCGCUGAAGAAAAGGGCCACCAAGGCGUCGGUGGAGGAGCUGGACACGCAGGGACGAAGGCUUCUCCAAAGGCUACAGUCACAAACUACAGGGGGCAGUGGCAGCGGCGAGGGCGGGUAUGGCAACCGUGGAGCUAGUGGAGAUUCCAACGACCAUCAUCACGGGUUCCACACACAUGCAGACGCACACAAUCUAGUGGCUAAAGUGACGGGUUUGCUGGAUAAACUGCACGGGACGCGCCAGAAUCUGCAGCAGCUGUGGCACAUGAGGAAGCUGAAGCUGGACCAGUGUUUCCAGCUGCGACUGUUUGAACAGGAUGCUGAGAAGAUGUUCGACUGGAUCAUGCACAACAAGGGGCUUUUCCUGACCAGUUACACAGAGAUUGGAGGGAACCACCAGCAUGCUGUGGAGCUGCAGACGCAGCACAACCACUUUGCUAUGAACUGCAUGAACGUGUAUGUGAACAUCAAUCGCAUCAUGUCAGUGGGAAACCGACUCCUGGAAUCCGGCCACUACGCCUCCCAGCAGAUCCAGCAGAUCUCGGGCCAGCUGGAGCAGGAGUGGAAGGCCUUUGCUGCAGCACUGGACGAACGCAGCACCCUGCUGGAGAUGUCUGCCAGCUUCCAUCAGAAAGCAGAUCAGUACAUGAGUAAAGUGGAGCCGUGGUGUAAGGCAUGUGGAGAAGGAGAGCUGCCCUCCGAACUUCAGGAUCUGGAAGACACAAUCCACCAUCACCAGGGAUUGUACGAGCACAUCACCACUGCAUACUCUGAGGUAAGCCAGGAUGGCAAGUCUUUGUUGGACAAACUGCAGCGACCUUUGACCCCAGGCAGUGCUGAUUCGUUGAUGUCAUCAGCUAACUACUCCAAGGCCGUGCACCACGUCCUGGACAUCAUCCACGAGGUGCUGCAUCACCAGAGACAACUGGAAAACAUCUGGCAGCAUCGCAAAGUGCGCCUGCACCAGCGUCUGCAGCUGUGCGUCUUUCAGCAGGAUGUACAGCAGGUCUUGGACUGGAUAGAAAACCACGGGGAGGCCUUCCUUAGUAAACACACUGGUGUUGGAAAGUCUUUGCACAGAGCCAGGGCUCUACAGAAGAGACAUGAAGACUUCGAAGAGGUUGCACAGAACACCUACACCAAUGCUGACAAGUUGCUCGAGGCAGCAGAGCAGCUGGCCCAGACUGGAGAGUGUGACCCAGAGGAAAUUUACCAGGCUGCCCACCAGCUAGAAGAUCGCAUUCAGGACUUUGUGCGACGUGUUGAGCAGCGUAAAGUCCUGCUGGACAUGUCUGUCGCCUUCCACACACACGUCAAAGAGCUGUGGACAUGGUUGGAGGAGCUUCAGAAGGAGCUGCUGGAUGACGUGUACGCCGAGUCAGUAGAGGCCGUGCAGGACCUGAUCAAGCGAUUCGGCCAGCAGCAGCAAACCACCCUGCAGGCAACUGUCAACGUUAUCAAGGAGGGAGAGGACCUCAUACAGCAGCUCAGAGACUCAGCCAUCUCGAGCAACAAGACUCCCCACAACAGCUCCAUGGCCCACAUCGAGAGCGUGCUGCAGCAGCUGGACGAGGCCCAGGGCCAGAUGGAGGAGCUGUUCCAGGAAAGGAAGAUCAAACUGGAGCUCUUCCUCCAGCUCCGGAUCUUCGAGAGGGACGCAAUUGACAUCAUCUCAGACCUGGAGUCAUGGAACGAGGAACUGUCCCAGCAGAUGAGUGACUUUGAUACAGAGGAUCUAACGCUGGCUGAACAGAGGCUACAGCAUCAUGCAGACAAAGCGCUCACUAUGAACAACCUCACCUUUGACGUCAUCCAUCAGGGACAAGAGCUGCUGCAGUAUGUCACAGAGGUCCAGGCAUCCGGCGUGGAGCUGUUAUGCGACAGAGAUGUGGACAUGGCCACGCGGGUUCAGGACCUGCUGGAGUUUCUCCAUGAGAAGCAGCAGGAGCUGGAUUUGGCAGCAGAGCAGCACAGGAGACACUUGGAGCAGUGUGUCCAAUUAAGGCAUCUACAGGCUGAAGUCAAACAGGUGCUGGGUUGGAUCCGUAAUGGCGAGUCCAUGCUGAACGCUGGUCUGAUCACAGCCAGUUCAUUACAAGAAGCCGAACAGCUGCAAAAGGAGCACGAACAGUUUCAACAUGCAAUAGAGAAAACCCAUCAGAGUGCGCUGCAGGUACAGCAGAAAGCUGAGGCCCUGCUGCAGGCCAACCACUAUGACAUGGAUAUGAUCCGAGACUGUGCAGAAAAGGUGGCAGAUCACUGGCAGCAGCUGAUGCUGAAGAUGGAGGACAGGCUGAAGCUGGUUAAUGCUUCUGUGGCCUUCUACAAGACCUCUGAACAGGUGUGCAGCGUGUUAGAAAGCCUGGAGCAGGAGUAUAAGAGAGAAGAAGACUGGUGUGGUGGAGCUGAUAAACUGGGCCCCAACAGCGAGUCGGACCAUGUCACUCCUAUGAUCAGCAAGCAUCUGGAGCAGAAAGAGGCAUUCCUCAAGGCCUGUACGUUAGCCAGACGUAACGCUGAUGUUUUCUUGAAGUACCUGCACAGAAACAGUGUCAACAUGCCGGGCAUGUUGUCCCACGUCAAAGCUCCAGAGACUCAGGUUAAGAAUAUCUUGAAUGAGUUGCUGCAGAGAGAGAACAGAGUGCUCCACUUCUGGACCAUGAGGAAGCGGAGGCUGGACCAGUGCCAGCAAUAUGUAGUGUUUGAACGCAGUGCCAAACAGGCCCUGGAGUGGAUCCACGACACUGGGGAGUUUUACCUGUCCACACACACAUCCACUGGGUCUAGCAUUCACCACACACAGGAGCUGCUGAAGGAGCACGAAGACUUCCAGAUCACAGCAAAGCAAACCAAAGAGCGGGUAAAGCUGUUGAUCCAGCUGGCGGAUGGGUUUUGUGACAAGGGCCACGCCCAUGCCCUGGAGAUAAAGAAAUGGGUGUCCUCGGUGGACAAGCGCUACAGGGACUUCUCUCUCCGCAUGGACAAAUACCGAACCUGCCUGGAAACGGCGCUCGGCAUUUCUUCUGACUCAAACAAGGCUAGUAAAGAGCUACAACUGGACAUCAUCCCAGCCAGUGCUCCGGGGUCAGAGGUCAAGUUGAGGGAUGCUGCCCAUGAGCUCAACGAGGAGAAGAGGAAAUCAGCGCGAAGAAAAGAAUUUAUAAUGGCUGAGCUGAUUCAGACAGAGAAAGCCUACGUCAGAGACCUACGAGAGUGUAUGGAUACCUACCUGUGGGAAAUGACCAGCGGUGUGGAGGAGAUUCCUCCUGGUAUUGUCAACAAAGAACACAUCAUCUUUGGCAACAUGCAGGACCUCUAUGAGUUUCAUCACAAUAUCUUCUUGAAGGAGCUGGAGAAGUAUGAGCAGCUUCCAGAGGAUGUGGGCCAUUGUUUUGUGACCUGGGCUGAUAAGUUCCAGAUGUAUGUGAACUACUGUAAGAACAAGCCAGACUCGACUCAGCUCAUCCUGGAACAUGCUGGCCCCUACUUUGAUGAAAUCCAGCAAAGGCAUCGUCUUGCCAACUCCAUCUCCUCUUACCUGAUCAAGCCAGUCCAAAGAAUCACAAAAUACCAGCUGCUUCUCAAGGAGUUGUUGACUUGCUGUGAGGAGGGAAAAGGUGAGAUCAAGGAUGGUCUUGAAGUGAUGCUCAGUGUCCCCAAGAAAGCCAACGAUGCCAUGCACCUCUCUAUGCUGGAUGGGUUUGAUGGGAACAUCGACUCCCAGGGAGAGUUGAUACUGCAGGAGUCCUUCCAGGUUUGGGAUCCCAAGACUCUGAUCCGGAAGGGUCGCGACCGACACCUCUUCCUCUUUGAGAUGUCCCUGGUUUUCAGCAAAGAAGUGAAAGACUCCAACGGGCGCAGCAAAUACCUCUACAAGAGCAAGCUCUUUACGUCAGAGCUUGGAGUGACAGAACACGUGGAGGGAGAUCCCUGCAAGUUUGCCCUCUGGGUGGGCAGGACCCCGACGUCAGAUAACAAGAUUGUGCUCAAGGCUUCAAGCAUUGAGAACAAGCAGGACUGGAUCAAGCACAUUAGGGAGGUCAUCCAGGAGCGAACUGUGCACCUGCGCGGAGCUCUGAAGGAGCCCAUUCACAUCCCGAAAGCCACCACCACUAAACAUAAAGGCAGACGGGAUGGAGAGGAGCUGGACAGCCAGGGAGACGCCAGCAGCCAACCGGAUACCAUCUCUAUCGCCUCACGUACAUCCCAAAACACGCUGGACAGUGAUAAGCUCUCCGGUGGCUGUGAGUUGACAGUGGUGAUCCACGACUUUGUGGCCAGCAACGGUGGCAGCAAUGGUGAGCUGACGGUGCGCCGAGGCCAGACCGUGGAGGUUCUGGAGCGACUCCACGACAAGCCGGACUGGUGCCUGGUCCGUACAACAGACCGCUCUCCGGCCCAGGAGGGCAUCGUACCCUGCUCCAUGCUCUGCAUCGCUCACUCCAGGUCCUCCAUGGAGAUGGAGGGGCUCUUCAACCACAAAGACACCUUGUCUGUAUCCAGUAAUGAUGCCCUGCAGCCCGGCUCUAGCCAGACUCUGGGUCCUCACAGCUCUCCGGGUCCCAAACGCCCCGGGAACACUUUGAGGAAGUGGCUGACAAGCCCUGUACGGCGCCUCAGCUCUGGCAAAGCUGACGGCCACGUCAAGAAGCUCGCCCACAAGCACAAGAAGAACCGCGACGGCACCAGGAAGAACAUGGACGCGAUGGCCGGCUCACAAAAGGACUCCGACGACAGCGCAGCCACGCCACAGGACGAGACCCUGGAGGAGCGUAUGCGUAACGAGGGGCUGAGCAGUGGUACCCUGUCCAAGUCUUCCUCAUCAGGCAUGCAGAGCUGUGGCGAGGAGGAAGGAGAGGAAGGAGCUGACGCUGUCCCUCUGCCUCCCCCAAUGGCCAUCCAGCAGCACAGCCUGCUGCAGCCCGACUCCCAGGAUGACAAGUCUGCAUCUCGCCUGUCGGCUCGUCCCAAUAGUUCAGAGACGCCUAGUGCUGCUGAACUGGUCAGUGCCAUCGAGGAGCUGGUGAAGAGCAAGAUGUCACUGGAGGAUCGUCCCAGUUCUCUCUCAGUGGAACAAGGCGACAGCAGCUCUCCCUCUCUCAACCCCUCCGACAACUCCCUCCUUUCCUCCUCCUCGCCCAUCGACGAGCUGGAGGAGCGCAAAUCUGGCUUCCUCAAAAGAAGACAUUAUGUGCUUCUGGAGCUGGUGGAGACUGAAAGGGACUAUGUCAGAGACCUGGGAUCAGUCGUGGAGGGCUACAUGAGCAGGAUGAAAGAGGAAGGAGUUCCCGAUGACAUGAGAGGAAAAGACAAGAUCGUCUUUGGAAACAUCCAUCAGAUCUAUGACUGGCACAAAGAUUUUUUUCUGGGAGAACUUGAAAAGUGUUUGGAGGAUCCUGACAGGCUGGCUCCUUUAUUUGUCAAACAGGAGCGGAGGCUGCACAUGUACAUCGUGUACUGCCAGAACAAGCCUAAAUCUGAACACAUUGUGUCAGAGUAUAUCGACACGUACUUUGAAGACCUUAAGCAGCGAUUGGGACACAGAUUGCAGCUCACUGAUCUGCUAAUCAAACCUGUCCAACGCAUAAUGAAGUACCAGCUCCUACUGAAGGAUCUUCUCAAAAUUUCUAAGAAGGCCGCAGUCGAUUCAACAGAGCUGGAGAAAGCAGUAGAGGUGAUGUGUGUCGUCCCCAAGCGCUGCAAUGACAUGAUGAAUGUUGGGCGCCUCCAAGGCUUCGAUGGAAAAAUUGUGGCUCAGGGCAGAUUGCUUUGCCAAGACACCUUCAUGGUUUCAGACCAGGAUGGAGGACUCCUGUCUAGGAUGAAAGAGAGGAGAAUCUUUCUGUUUGAGCAGAUAGUUAUCUUCAGUGAGCCCCUGGACAAAAAGAAGGGCUUCUCUACUCCUGGCUACCUCUUUAAGAACAGCAUCAAGGUGAGCUGGUUGGGUCUAGAAGAAAAUGCAGAGGACCCCUGCAAGUUCACAUUGACCUCCAGAUCAUCUAGUGGUAACCUGGAAAGAUACACCCUCCAUUCAACCAGCCCUGGGGUCAGUCAAGUCUGGAUCCACCAGGUCAGCCAGAUACUGGAGAACCAACGCAAUUUCCUCAAUGCUUUGACAUCACCCAUAGAGUACCAGAGGAACCAUGUGGGUGGUGGCGGGCCAAGCGGUCCACCCAGCAGUAGCAGCAGUAGUUCUGCAGGCCUCCCAGGAGGCAGCAGCUCCAACAGUACCUCCAACAUGGGAGGAGGAGGUGGCGGCGGCUCUGGAGGAUCGGGGGGAAGCUCCUCCUCUCUGUGCGGCCCUCGCUCCCGACCCUCCCGUAUCCCCCAGCCGUCCUCACGCCUCCCCCAGCCUGUCCACCACCACCACCCCCCGGGCCCUGAGGGGCCCGACAGAUCAGCAGGUAUGUGGUCACCCUGCCACCCCCAGUCCCUCCCUUCUAACCUCUAUUCAGACAGCACAACAAACGGAGAGCUUUUAGGCUCAGAGGUCCCUAAGAUGAGGAUGCUGGACAGUCCUCAUGGAAGUAACAGUAAUAACAGUAACAAGCCAUCAGGUAAUAUGGACAGCAGUGUCAGACAAGCUCUGGGAGGCUAUGAAGAGAUGCAGAAGCAUCAAGUAGCUGGUAUUCCUCAGAUGCCAGUGGCUCCUCUGAAUUUUCCUCUUAAAAGCCCACGAGUUGGGACAGUUUCUCCACUGAUUUCACCUCAGACCCCUGGAGGAGGAAAGGAAGCAUUUGUCCCCUCCAGCCCAGCUCAUAAAGGCAACGCUUUCUGGGCUAUUGUGCCCACGGUGCCUCCCUCUCCUGCCAGCAGGCCUGGCUCCUUCUCCUACCCCAGUGACAAUGGGGGUGGAGGCGACUCUUUGGGCAGAGGAAGUCACGGGACGUCCUCUCAUCACCGCCACUCCAACAGUAAGGACAUAGACCGCAUGAGCACAUGCUCCUCCACCAGCGAGCAGUCCAUACAGUCCACCCAAAGCAACGGGAGUGAAAGCAGUAACAGCAGCAGCAUGUCCACCAUGUUGGUGACCCAGGACUAUGUGGCAGUGAAGGAAGAUGAGAUCAGUGUGGUGCAGGGUGAGGUGGUCCAGAUGCUAGCCAGCAAUCAGCAGAACAUGUUCCUGGUUUACCGGGCAGCUAAUGAGCACUGCCCUGCCGCUGAGGGCUGGAUCCCUGGCUACGUAUUAGGACAUACCUCAUCCUCCAUCACACCCGAGCUCCCCGAAGGAACCAUCAAAAAAUCAUUAUCAUGGCACACAGCGCUUCGUAUCCGCCGCAAGUCCGAGAAAAGAGACAAGGAGGGCAGGAAACUAGAGAACGGCUACCGCAAGUCUCAGGACAGCCUGGCCAACAAAGUCUCUGUCAAGCUUCUGAAUCCCAACUUCAUCUAUGAUGCUCCUCCAGAGUUCCUCAUUCCUGUUAGCGAUGCAGCAUGUGAGAGUGGUGACAACGUUACUCUAAGGUGUAAAGUGUGCGGUCGACCUCGAGCAACCGUCACUUGGCGUGGACCUGACAACAAUACUCUGAGCAACAAUGGACGCUACAGCAUCACAUACAGUGAGACAGGAGAGGCAUCCCUGCGUAUCCUCGCAGCGUCUGUGGAGGAUAGUGGUGUCUACACCUGCGUUGCCACAAACAUAGCAGGCACAGUCACCUCCUCCUCCAGCCUCAGAGUGUCAGGAACCGCUGAUGAUGGAAGUGAAGUCCUCUGGAAAAGCAACUUUGAGUCCCACUACACAGAGAUUUCUGAGCUAGGAAGGGGCCGCUUCUCAGUGACCAAGCGGUGUGACCAGAGAGGGAGUAAACGCACAGUUGCAGCAAAACACGUCAACAAGAAGUUGUCGCGUCGAGAACAGGUUCUGCAGGAGGUCCGACUCCUGCAGACUCUAGACCAUCCCAAUCUGGUCAGACUACUGGACACAUAUGAGACGGCCAAUAGCUACGUGCUUGUUCUAGAACUGGCAGACCAGGGACGUUUCCUGGACUACAUAGUGAGCUGGGGCAACCUGACUGAGGAGAAAGUGGCUUUAUACCUCAGAGAUAUUCUCGAGGCUCUCCAUUACCUGCACAGCUGGAGGAUAGCGCACCUUGAUCUCAAACCUGAGAACAUUAUGAUGGAACAUGCAUCUUCCCAGCCAGUUAUCAAGCUGACAGACUUCGGUGACGCUGUUCAACUGAACCCUCCCUCCUCCUAUGUCCAUCCUCUGCUGGGGAGCCCAGAGUUCUCUGCUCCUGAACUGGUCCUGGGUCAGCCUGCCUCACUGAUGUCUGACCUCUGGAGCUUAGGAGUCGUGACCUAUGUUGUACUGAGCGGCGCUUCUCCCUUCCUGGAUGAGAGUCUGGAGGAGACGUGUCUGAACAUCUGUCGCCUGGACUUCAGCUUCCCUGAGGACUACUUCCAGGGUGUGAGCCCAGCUGCCAAGGACUUUGUCCGCCUGCUGCUCCAGGGCGAGCCGGAGCGACGUCCCUCUGCGGUGUCCUGCCUGCAGGAGCCUUGGCUCCAGCCUCGAGGUGUGUUGAACAGAGACAAUGGACACGACACCUUAAAUCACAUGCAGCCACCAGCAAUGCCACCGUCUCAGAAUCAUUACAGCACACACCUGGACACCUCCAGGCUCAUUUCCUUCAUCGAGAGGCGGAAACACCAGAACGACGUUCGGCCCAUAGGCACCAUUAAGGCCUUCCUUCACAGCCGCCUGCUCAACCACAUUUGACAAAAAGGUCACCAGGUAGACCAAGAGGAAUUCCUGCCAAUGCUGCUCUUGGUUCAGUUAAUCCUUGUUGAGAACCGACUGAGAGGACCACCAGCGACAUGUCCACUAUGAUCCCCUUUUCCCACACUAAGCCACAAAAGUCCUGCUGCUGCUGACUGACUGACCUCUGCCGAUAAACCCUUUGACUCUCGCCCGUCUCCCCUCCUUAACCCUGGCAUAUUGUCGUUAUGCCUGCACAACAAAUGAACUGCUGGAAUCUAUUUGAGAUUCCAAACCUUGACUUAGCAGGGAGAAAACCAAGAUUUCUCAACAAGCCAGCGUGAGCAAGUCUUGCGUUUUGGACAGUGUUAAACAAAGAAAAUAGAAUACUGUAUAUUAAGAAUAAUUCAGGCUGCUUUCGGUUGAACACAAGAAAAUGUUUUUUUGUAACGAGAGAUUACUUUUUGUAAAUGAAACCAUGUACAGUGAGGAAACAGAGAACUGUCUUUAUUCAUACCUUUUGGAAAACAAAGGGUAGUUAGUAAGUAGAAAGAACACAAGAUAAACAAGAUGUGUGGCUAAAGUGGCGCCCAUCAGCAGGGUCCACUGAUUCUGGAACAAGAUGUGACUACCAAAACCAUGUUUUCCAGAAACACACUAAGGUUACACUCAGUGCAAUAGUUAGCUUAUCUUUAUUCACCCACUUCAGUUUGAACGGUUAAAUAAUUUCAGUUUGUGACACUAAGAAAACUAACUUGAACAAGCGUUAAAGCCAUUCGGCAAAUAGCAUAUUCGGCAAAGCUUCUCAGAUUCCUACCUGCAUCCGCCUUAUUUGUAAAUAAUGUUUUCCUGCUUUUCCUUCUCAUUUUGAAGAAUUUAUCUCAAACGAACAAAAGCUAUUUCAUUUGCCGAGUAUUAGUGAGUCCAUGCAGUAAGGUGAGUCACUCCCUGCAGACCCUCAGCGGCUGGAUUUCCACUAUGAACAAACCGCUACUAGAAAUGCACUCGUAUUUUGCAUCAGUUCUCAUGUGCAAUGUUGCAGCUUUAACAUUUAUGCAACUAUUUAUGAAGACUUGUGUUGUAGCCGUAUUCUUAAAAAGGCAUGUACGUACCUGGUACUGCAAUAGAUGUCUGUAUUGUGUUAACUCUUAUGUAUUAAGUUCAGUAUUAAUAUCUGCAAAACCCUGAGACAAAGGAGGGUUUUUCAGAAAUAAUGUAUAAAAUUGUGUAUCUAUAAAAUAUAGGCACUUAUGCUUUCAUUUUGUCCUUGUUAUUAUUUUCUGUAACAAUACCAAAGUUGGCUAUGCUUUCUUUUCCUGCUAAUAUGUUUUUUUGUUUUGUUUUGUUUUUGUUUUUUAUGAUUUUUCAUGUUAAGUUAUAACAGAACACACUGAGCCCAGACAUACAAGUGUUUACAAAGGUUCAGUGUGGCUUUAUUUAUUCUAAUUGUUAUAAGAAAUUGUUUGGUGGUUUAUUGCUAAAAAAAAAUAAUAAUAAUUCACUUGUCUUUUUUCAAGCUGUGCACAAAGUGGUUUGCUGUGUGAGUUUGUUUGGCUUUUGUAGGUAGAUACUGGUGUAUGUUGCUAGAUUUUUUAGCAUCUCAGUUUGACAUCAUAAGACAGAAUUGGUUGACAAAUUGACCAAGCAAUUGGUUUUUAGGGGGGGAAAAAUGCUCAUUAUGGCCAGGUCACAGUGAGCUGCACUAGAGAAUGCAUUAUGGCUAUUAGGGUUAGGGGACAACCAAAUCUUGUACCACCAACACUUCAAAUAUUUCCCCCUUGACAAACAUCCAUCAGCAUUAACAGAUAUCUGCCAUGUAAGAGGUCUCUGCCAGUUAUUUUCAUUUCAAUGAGUUGAUGUCUUUAGGUUAAGAAGUUGUUGAAAGCUUCUUUUUUUAAGUGCCAGUUGAGUGAGUCAACCUAGUGAGGUGGGUGAAACUAAAAACGUGCAUUUUUUUUUUUCUUAUUAUUUUAUUCAAAGGUUGUCAGAGUUACCGUCAGACAAAAUGAUUUAUCGUUUCAGAAGUCGAUAACAUGCUGAGUUUUAUGACUCUUGUUCGUCUGUACAGUCUGUGUCUUUCAUUUUGUGUCAUUUUUAUUUAUUAGUGCGGAUGUGGGUUUCCCAAAAUCAUGACGUUAAUUGCUUUAUCAUUUUUUUCUGAAAGCCUACUCGUGGCAGAAUAUGAUCAAAGUGAUUGAAUGCCUUUGGGAAACCCAGCGUGUUCAUGAUGUAAACAUGUACAGAGAGGGUCGGGCAGUUCGCCCACACCCAGGAUGUAAACCUCAUAACUGUCACAUUUUAAAUACACCUAGAACAAGACUGCAGCAAUGUCAUCUUGAAUGUCUUACUAUGACUUAUUUUUACUUUUGCAUGUAUAUUUCUUUGUACAGAAGAUUGUGUUUACAUGUUACUAUGUGUUGUAAAUAAUUUAUUUUGUCCUCUGUUAUUUUGCCAUUAAACGUACAAGGAACAACUGGUAUAACUGA